UUCCUCCUUUACAGCGUGAAAUCAGUAAACUGCAGCUGUGAAGCUAAAGUAGGAAGAGAAGAGAAACUAAAGACCUGGCAGCAAAGGAGUGGUUUUUCUGCAUGUGUCCCGAUGGACAAAGCUUCUAAGAAAUAUCGAUAAAGGAGCAGAAAGAACAGAAAGCAGCAGUGAGGCACCCUGAGCUGAAUCCCAUCUCCCAAACAUGGUGCACGUCUACAACUGCCAUCCUUUCGCCUCCCAGCAGAUCGUACAGGUGGAGCAGGAACCUGGACUGCUCUGCUGUGGAGGUGGAGCCUUGUUCGUGGUGGCAACUGGAGGUUGCAAGGUGGAGUCAUAUAAUCUGGAGAAGGAGGGCUGCCCUCUCAUCUGUCGCUUUGCCACCAUGGGCACUGUGAGGAGCAUCCAGCAUAGCAAAAUAGGAGACUACCUGGUGACCAUUGAAGAAAAGAACAGCGCCACCUAUCUAAGAGCCUACACCAACUGGCGCUACCAGGCAGAAGAGAAGGCCCGUGUUGGGGUGCGUUUGUUGGGCCACUUGCUGCGUGGAGCGUCUGUGUGGGGCGGAGUGCAAAUGGAGAUCAUUGAGAUCCCUCUGUCAGAGCGUCCCAUUGCUGUGGCGUGUUGCUCAGUGACAGGAGACCUUCUGGUCGGCUGUCAGAACACUCUGGUUCUGUUUACCUUGAGGAGACAGAACCAGCAGAACCUGAAUCAGAGUCAGCAGAACCCUCAGAGCUCCUCGUUGAACACUCAGCAGAGCUACAGUCAGAGCCAAGGUCAGACUUCAAGUUCAAACUCAAAUCUCUCCGUCCUGGAUUUUGAACGCUCUGUCAUCCUGCAUCUUCCAAAAAUCACACCAAGACAGGUGGCGCUGUGUGGAGGAUAUGUGGCCGUGCAGGCAGAGCUGGAAGUUCUCAUACUGAAACUGGAAGCAAGCUCUGAACCUAAAGCCCUGGAAGAACCGUCAGACACAAAUAAAAUCGCAGAUUAUUUAGAAGACGACUUUCUGUUCAUUCCGGGACACGUAGAGUUGCUCGGUGACAGAGCCAAAGACUGCGAAAUCCCCGUCAGCAUUGAAAAGACUGGACUGGAGGACCGGGGACAAUAUGCGCUGUCCUACGUUCUUUUCAGGCGUUUUUCUCCAGAGUUCUUCCAAGGCUGCAGUGUAGAGGAGACGCACCUCCACUCCCUGCAGCUCUACCCACUGUUCACCAGUAAUCAGUCAGAGUCAGUGGAUGAACCAGCGUGUGUGUUCUGCUUCUUUUCUCUCCCCACCGCCGGCUACCUGUACAGUCUGAGGGGCGGAGUCGAGCUGCUCUCAGCCUAUCAGUAUCCAGAGAAGGUCCUGGAGGCAGUGCUAACAGACCAUCUGUUGCAUGUCAUAACAAAGAAUGCAUUGCAGUGUUUCACAGUACGUUGUUCAGCUGUAGCAGCCAGGAUUGAAGACCCCUACAUCGAUACCACCAUGAAGGCUUGUCCACCCAGCAACCUGGAGGUGUGCGCGCUCAGGAUGCAGUUGUUUAUCGGUCUGCGGUCAGUGUGUGUCUAUGGCCGCCAUGUUAUCCUGCUGUCCACAGCAGACACAGAGACACCGGAGGAGACGGAGCGCGCUACGCAGCGCAGAGGCCUCGAUUUAAAAGAACACACCAUGCUGACUGGUAUUUUCCUUGCGGUGGGAAUCGAUCCCGCAACCACUCCAGCUCUGGAGAGCCUUCUGUCACGGCCCUUACUGAGCAGGAAGUGGACAAUCUCUGCUCCCAAAGAAACCAGUACAGCAGGACACGGAUGGAACGUCUAUGUUGUCGACACCGUCUCCCCCCUCAUGCUCUACCAGGAGAUGGUUGAAUACAGUCAGCGCUAUGCAGAGACCAAUCCACAGGCCCAAAGUCUUCAGCACCUCCUAAGUGAAGCUCACCUCCUCCUCCGGGCCUCCUUACUCCACAAGACAGAACAGCAACAGAACCGCAACCCUGCAGCAUCUGUGCAGACAGACACGCAAGAACUGGAGGAGGCAGUCAGGCAGAACUGCGCCCAGCUAGGAGACUGUUUCAGCAGGGGCACUCAGAAGGCCUGCCACCUGAGUUUGCCAUAUUACAGGAUGUCUGGUCUGUCCGUCACAGAGGUCAUCUCCAGGAACCGACCGUUUCCAGGCAGCCCUCACUCCUACGGUCCAGGCUUCCUGUUUUACCUGAAACAUUAUCUGUUGGAAGAAACAGAGCCACACCUCAGUCAGGAAGUGGCUGAUGAGGUCAUUGACAUUUUUAGCCAAUCAGAGCCCUCACAGCUCAUCAGCGUGUGUGCCAGCCCAUCCAUGAUAAACAUCAGUCCUGCCCGAACCCUGCAAAUUUUACAACGCCUGGAGGACACAACUGGCGUGUCAGUUCCACUGACAAUCACCAUGGCAACCUUGAUGCUGCGUUUGGGCGACCUGCCGCAGUACAUCCAGCUGAUGGAGAGACACGCUGAGAUGCUGCUAGUGUACGGGUUCAUCGAGGAGCCGAGGCUGCUGCUGCUGUAUGUUGGAGGAGGAGAAGGAGGUCAGCAUGCUCACGUCAGUCCCACAGCGUUGGCUCGCCAGCUGGCAAACUCCCAACCUGGACUGCUGGUGGCUGCCAUAGUGGCUUUACAUGAGAACAACAAAGUUCAGCUGGAACAGGCCGAUCACAUAUUCAAGGAGCUGGGCUGUGAAAGCUGCUUACAGGUGGAUUUCUGGGAAUCGAUGCUCAUGGCCUCUUCACAGGACGCCAUCAUCCAGGAGCUCCUGUUCCGGGUGGCGUCUGUCUACAUUGACCGGCUGACAAACUCCGAUACACACACCAACCUCCCCCACACAGCUCCAAAACGCAAGUCGCUGAAGAGUGCCGAUGAUCUGAUCAACUCUUGCUCUCAUUACGGUGCUCUGUACCCAUGGCUCACUGUUCUCAGUCCAGCUCACACUACCAGCUCACAGCACCAGGAGGCGCUGCACAAGCUGCAGUCUCUGCUGUGUGGCCCGUCCUUGUCCGUCGGCUCUGUGGUGCCUCUGUUGGAGCGACUGUCAGAGGAAACCUUAUGGGGCUUCAGUCUGCACCUCCUCUGUGCCACUAGAAGGGGGCAGUAUGACAGCAGCAUCGAGAAGCUGCUGGAUAGAUGUCCUCAGGCCAUCAUAGCCUUCGCAAAUCACCAGUUACAGGACAAAAACAUGGUACUAUGGUGGCAGAAGCUGCUCCCAGAGCUUUGUAACCGGACAAGAGCUGCUGCAGACAACAGCAUCCUGUUGGCUGCUCUCAAAGAGACGCUGGUCGUUGUUGCCAUGGAGAUGAGCCCCGCAGAGUUCUUGGAGCUGAUACCUGAUGACGGCACGGCGUCGUACUUCCUGCCUCACCUGCUGACAUGUAGCCAGAGACACCUGAUGACCUGAGAGACACACACGCGCAAACGCAGAAAGUGAUCAAUAAGGACUGAAGCAUUUUGACCUGCUGCAAUGGAGCAGCUGGACAUUUAGUGUUUUAAUUAAAAUACCCUCAAUAGAUGUGGAUGAUUCAGGCUGCAGUCUGUGAAGUCUUUGGUUGACCCCCGACAGUCAUGUAUUUUAGGUAUUAUGCAAUUAAAUUAAACAACCUAAUUACACUUUUGGAACAAGAUUUAAACUAUUUGCUGUUGUCCAGGCUCCUGAGAAGCUUUAAUGGCUCAUACCUGCUGAUGCUGGCUCAUUUUAUAUCGAGCUGUUUUGAGAAUGAUUCACUUCUUACCCCUAAAGUAUAGAGCUUUACAUUGAGACUACUGAGUGAGCUUUGAGGCCCUUUGAGCUGCAAGCAUUUUCCUCCAUUUAGUUUUUAAAUACUUGCACACAAAGAUCUGAGAGGAAUUUCACUGCUGUUACAUCAGAAAAGAGCUGAUUAAAUCUACACUAAGUAUCUCAACAGAUACCAGUCAGCAUUUUUUCUUUCCGCUUUAUUUUUACUGUUAAAGUGAAACUUCUUCUUCUUCUUUUUUUUUAAUCUCUGAUGUUUUUUAGUAACAAUGUUCUCAUUUGAGCAAAAAGUGUUUAGAAUUUUGUCCAACUAUUUAGAAGUGAUGUUUCAUUCAAUCUGCAAACAGCCAAAAACUAUUGUUGUGUUGGAGCUACUGAGUGCCUACUCACAGUUUUUAAUUAAAGCGUUCCUCCUAACUAUCUAAAAA